ACCGCCACCACUGAGCUUCUCCUGCUUGGCCCAACUCCGCUCAGAAUCGGUGCCAGGACCCCUCCUGGGGCCAAUCCCGAUCCGUUUUCCGACGCGGAUCCAGCCGUGGCGACGGCAAGCUUCCAGGAGGCCCAAGGUCCCUCCAGACCCAGCUCGGGCCCGGGCUCGGGCUCGGCUUCUCCGACUCGUACCCCGCCGUGGCGAGGCCCAGCCAGACGGACGGGCAAAGCGUGAGGGAGGGCCGCCGUGGGUCUCGACUGCCCCUUCCCCCCCAUGUGUGCGGCCGACCGCCCCAGGAUCGCCAUGGCGAGGUACCGGACCCGCACGGUCCCGCCGAGGCAGCCCCGGAACGACGCGACGAAAACUUCUGAGCAGCUGAGGCCUCUACGGGUGAAGAGCGCUCCUCCAGUUGUCAUGAGCGCAGAGGAGAUGGACCAGCUGGAGUGCGAGCUCGAUCUGAUGGAGUGCGAGGAGAACGGGGACUGGCUCGGCGCUCAGGACAUCCUCGAGGAUAUGGUGGCGCGCAACGUUACGAGGCGUCGGCAAGCCUGGCAGUCGUCGAUGAACGCGCACGCCAAGGCUGGGCGCUGGGAGGACGCCGCCAGACUGCUGGAGGAGAUGGAGCGGGCAGGGGUGCAGCCCGACCAAGAGGCGUUCCACGCCGCGCUCGAGGCCUGCGAGGGGCAGAAUGCGCCGCACCAGGCCGCGAAGCUCUACCAGGAGAUGAAGGAGCGGGGCUUUAACCCGACUGUGAUCACCUACAUCAAGGUGGUGUCUCUGCUGUCGGCGGCCGGCCGGAAGGAGGAGGCCAUGAAGGUUUACGUGGAGGCGAGGGAGAAGGGUUUCCUCUGGCCCUGGAUUCAGAACGGCCAGUUCCUCGACCUCAGG